AUGGAAGGUGUAGUAGAUGAGGAGUUGUUGAGCCUUAGACUAGGCAUUGCCACAGGAUCAAAUGAGAAGAAGAUCAUGAGGAGGAAGAGAAAGAGGAGAGAUCACGACGACUUCAUCAACAACAACAGGCUUGUGUUAAGUGAUGACGAAAGUUAUGAGGGUCAAAUCUUUAGCCUCCUUCAAACGAGAGAACAGAUGUUGAAGGUAGAGAAAAGAGUCAAAGCGGUGACGGAGGAGGAGAACGACAAAGGCGGCGGCCUUCACCUCAUCCAUCUCUUGCUAGUUUCCGCCACCGNCAACAACAACAGGCUUGUGUUAAGUGAUGACGAAAGUUAUGAGGGUCAAAUCUUUAGCCUCCUUCAAACGAGAGAACAGAUGUUGAAGGUAGAGAAAAGAGUCAAAGCGGUGACGGAGGAGGAGAACGACAAAGGCGGCGGCCUUCACCUCAUCCAUCUCUUGCUAGUUUCCGCCACCGCCGUGGACGAAAAUACCCCCGGCCCCGCCGCGGAGAGCCUCUCGGAGCUGUACCGACGCGCCUCCUUGAGCGGGGACGCGGUCCAGCGCGUGGCGGCCUACUUCGCCGACGGGCUAGUGGCGCGUCUCCUCACCCGAAAAUCCCCCUUCUAUGACAUGAUCAUGAAACCCGCUACCCCUCACGAACACCUCUUCGCCUUCACCCACCUCUACCGAGCCUCCCCCUUCCACCAAUUCGCCCACUUCACCGCUAACCAAGCCAUCAUCGAAGCCUUCCACCAAGAAUCCCAAACCAACCACGCCUCCCUCCACGUCAUCGACUUCGACGUCUCUCACGGCUUCCAAUGGCCUUCCCUCAUCCAAUCCCUCUCUCAAAGCCUCUCCCCACCCUCCAAAAUAUCCCUCAAGAUCACCGGCUUCGGCCCAAGCCUCUCCCAGCUUCGGGAAACCGAAGCCCGGCUUGUGAGCUUCGCCAAGGGCUUUCGCAACUUAUCCUUCGCCUUCACCGGGCUCUUACUCGACUCCAUUGACUAUUACACGUUAGCCAAAACCAAAACCAAAACCAAAACCCACGAAACCGUCGCCGUAAACCUCGCGUUUUACCUAAACAGAUUACCCAAUUUCUCCGACACUCUAAGAACCGUCCAUCUCCUCAGCCCUUCCGUUGUGACUCUAGUCGAACAAGAAGGGUGCAGAAGCCCUAGGAAUUUCUUGUCGAGAUUCAUGGAAUCCCUCCAUUACUUCGCGGCCAUGUUUGACUCGCUCGACGAUUGUCUCCCCAUAGACAGCCCCGAGAGGCUCAGCAUCGAGAAGAACUAUUUGGGGAACGAAAUCAAGAGAGUGAUAACGAACAAUGGGUGUGGGGACGAAUUGGUUCCGAGGUACGAGAAGACGGAGACGUGGAAAGGGAGGAUGGAGAGUCACGGGUUUUGUGGGGUCAGAUUGAGCUGUAAAAACGUGAUGCAAGCGAAGCUGCUGUUGAAAAUCGCGAGUAGCGGCCAUUGCUGUAGGGUGAGCUUUGAUGGUGGGUUUAGGGUGUUUGAAAGAGACGAUGGGAAGGCCAUUUCUCUGGCUUGGCAAGAUAAGCCUUUGACAACUGCCUCUGUAUGGCGCUGUGUAUGA